CAGAAAGGAGACACUCCCAUGGAUCUUAGCAGCAGAACGGUUGUGCAAGUGAUGGUGUUCGCUUUGGUAGCCCAAGUGACUGUCUCUCAGCACUGGUCGUAUGGGUGGCUACCAGGUGGAAAGAGAAGUGUUGGUGAGCUGGAAGCCACCAUCAGGAUGAUGGACACAGGAGGUGUAGUGGCUGUUCCUGAGGAGAUUAACUCCCAUAUCCCAGAAAGAUUGAGAUCGUAUGAUGUAAUAUCGAAGAGACCCAUACCCCAUGAAUGAAGAACUAAGAAAAUAAUGGAGACAACAUGAAACAUACAUUCAGCAUCAUUAUAAACAACAAUGAUGGAGCAUUCAAGUACACUUCUGUCUAUUGCC